AUGGAGAACUCCGAUACUGUAUCAGUGACUCAGCAACUACCACCUUUUACAACAAAACUAAAAAAUUUUAUCAUUGGAACCGUCAGCAUCGUAUUUGGUGUCACCUUUUUAGAAUAUUAUUUUGAUUCAAGGGCAGCUAUUCAUAAAUAUUUUGUCACACCCGUUCUGAGAAAUGUGACUGAUGCUGAAACGAGUCAUAAAUUUGCUAUAUGGGUGGCAAAGUGGGGUUUUUGCCCAAAAGACAGACUUUCGGACGACGAAAAAUUAGCAGUUAGAGCAUGGGGAAAAAAGUUCUCUAAUCCAAUCGGUUUAGCUGCUGGAUUCGAUAAGCAUGGUGAAGCUAUCGAUAGUCUUUUUGAUCUUGGGUUUGCGGUUAUAAAUCGAUAUGGAUUUAAUUCGGUUGGCCACAAGAUGGUAGAACUUCAACUCCGUGAUCGUCUUCGACGUUAUCUUUAUCAUUCGGCAAAACUUCAUCCUAGGACCACUGCCUCUCUUCUGACAUCUUCUCCAGACGGUGCUUCAUUGUCUGAUGCUUUAGGAAUUAACAGAAGUUUAAAGGAUGAUAAACUGCUAGGCAUAAAUUUAGGGAAAAAUAAAUCAAGCGAUCCUGAAUCAGUGGACGAUUAUGUUAAAGGGGUAAAAUCGUUAGGUCCUUAUGCUGAUUUAUUGGUUAUUAAUGUGAGCAGUCCAAAUACUCCGGGAUUAAGAGGACUGCAAAGGAAAGAUAUCUUUGAGAAGCUAUUGAAUGAGGUUAUAAUUGCUCGCGAUUCGUUGAGUGGUUCACGCCCAGCUCUUUUAGUUAAAAUUGCACCUGACCUUUCUGAUGAUGAGUUAGAUGAUAUUGCCGAUGCCGCUAUGAAAAGUGGUGUUGAUGGUAUAAUUGUGUCCAAUACUACUAUUUCUAGACCAAACUCAUUAUAUAGUGAUUCAUCAUUAGCUUCUGAAACUGGAGGUCUUUCUGGACCUCCUCUUAAACCUUUAGCGCUUAAAUCUUUACGAAAAAUAUAUCAACGUACAAAUGGUGAGCUAAUUCUUGUAGGUUGUGGAGGAAUUUCUAAUGCUAAAGAUGCUCUAGAAUAUGCGCGCGCUGGGGCGACUUUAGUACAACUUUAUACCAGCUUUGCAUAUGAUGGUGUAGGCAAAGUAAGAGAGAUUAAAGACGGAAUUCUUAGUGAACUGAAGGAUAAAAAAUGGACAGAUGUUAUCGGAGAACAAUGGAAAAAUUAA